AUGUGUCGGUUAGAAACAAAACUAGUCAAAUCCAAAAAUAAAGAUUUUGGAACCGAAUGUGCCAUUUGUUUCGUUAAAAAAUCUUGUUUUUGUUACCGGUAUCAAAAAGAGUUAAAUCAAAAGCAAUUCGUAGAAAAAUCGAUUCGAAAUCACUGCUCACUAUCAAAAAUGGUCAAAUCCUUUAAAACUUAGAAACAAAAUCGGUCUAAUCCGUGUAGCCAAUCAGAAGCUAGAACUAUCUAUGAAAAUAACUGCCGUUUUGCAGAAUCAGAAGCUUUUGGAUUGUGGUUUUGUAUUUUAGUCGCCGUUUUUAAUUAAAAUUUGGUGUUAAAUUACAAUUAAAUGGAUAAUUUAAUAAAGGAAACGACUCCCCAGCUAUCACGGAAAAGGACGCAACAAAAAGCGGAUUGGAAAUGCAAUAAAUUGAAGAAGGAAAGGUACACUUCAAAAGAGCUACCAAAUUUAAAGCUUCCAUGUGACCACUACACAAAAGCAUACAGGUGCACUUCAUUGAGUCAUGCUGAUAUAAUAGCAUUUAAUAAAGCCUUCUAUAAAAAACCGGACAAAAUUUAUCAGGAUAAUUUUAUAAUUAACCAUACGAAAGUUACUACUACUCAGCGACAACGGCCAGUAAAUAAUCGUGGCAAUAAAAAAGAAAUGUCGGUAACGUACUUUGCACGACGACGACAUAAUGUUCUGAUUCCAAUUUGCAAACCCACAUUUCUAUCUAUUUUAGCUUUAAAGAAAGGAAGAGUGACAGGUGUUAUUAGUCGACAUUUCAAAGCAAUGGGUGAAUCUGCACAAGAGAAUAGAGGAGGGCGGCGUAAAACACAAAAAUAUGCACCUAAGAGGGAAGCUGUCAAAGACUUUAUUAAGAAGCUCGAGCCUUUAGAAAUACAUUACUGCAGAAGUAAAAUAAAAAGUAGACAAUAUUUGUCAUCUGAGCUCAGCAUUAGUAAACUUUACAAAAUGUUUAUCGCAGAAACCGUGGAUGAAAAUAAAAAUAUUAAGGCAUCUUACUUCAGACAAAUUUUCAAAACCGAAUUUAACAUAGGUUUUGGAUCCCCUCGUACAGAUAUGUGCUCCACUUGCAUAGUUUUACAAGAACGACUAAAACAUGAAAAAAAUAGUGAGAUAAAAAAUAAAUUAAUGAUUGAGAGUAGAAUUCACAAAUUGAGAGCCAAAUCGUUUUAUGCUUUAUUAAAACACAACAGCGAAAAUAUUUUAAUUUUAAGUUUCGAUUGCCAAAAGAACCAACCGUGUCCAAAAGUUCCCGAUCAAAGAAAAAAGAAGGUUUCUGCUAUAAAUCCAGAUGUGAUUAAAUUAUAUGUGGACGUUAAACAAGAAAAAUUAAAUGAUGUGAAGAAAUUAUUAACCACACAUUUUGGAGAGAAGUGGGAAGAAAUCUCAGAUUUACGAUAUUACAAACAAGUAAUAUCAAGACCAAAAUCAUCUACUGCUCAUGAACAGGUUGUUGAAGACUGUGAUUUCUUUGAAGAAUUACCAGCCAUAGUAGUUUAA